AUGUAUCCAUAUACGGAAGAAGUUCUUGCGAUCCUGAACCUCGAAGCGAGCUUGCGGAUGAGCUCCCAAAGGGAGAUACGGCUGAAAAAACAAGCACAGACCGAGUCUCAGAAAAAGGAACUGGAAGAAACAAUAGCUAGUUCAUGGGAACAGCAACGGCGAUAUUGGUGGUGGAAAGAUCGUAUGCUAUCAAGUUCUACCUUUCUUCAACGGGGAUUUGAAACGUGGCGAUCAAAUGAGCGAUGGUAUAUGCAUCGAGUACUAGUCGAAGAUUGUGUAUUCCGAGGUGGAUGCUGUGCACGUGGAUGUGGAUGCUGCGAAAGUCCUGAACGUCUGACCAGCUCUGUUGGUAAACUUGCUAUUGGGCAUUGCUCUAUUGAAUGUGCAUGUUGCGUUGAAACCCGCGGCGGAGCGAUUCCUUCACAAGAGGUUUGCAAGGAUGUUGAUGACCUCUACGGGUUUUCGAACUUAACAAAAGAUUUUGACCUUGAGAAAAACGUAUACCGGUUUCAAAUUUACCUCGCCGCUAUAUGGGGACUUGGAAAAGGCAAUCCAUCGAGACUUCCAAACGAUAUCAAGUUCAAUUUUUGCGAUCUGAGUGUCCCGACUUCGGAGCCAGCGUGCAUGCAAGAUGAUAGCUCCGAGUCCCAAAUUACAACUAAGUUGACGGAUAGCUUCAAGUUUGCUAGUGUUGCUGUCCACAUAUGUGACCAGCCGCCAAAUUGA